GCCCGGUCAAUGUACCCAGUGACUUCCCUCUCUCAGGUUGUUCUCAUGCACCGUUCAUAAGUUUUGCUGUGGAGGGUAAUGCACCAAAACUCAUACAUAUUCCACGUAAUAUCGCGGCAGUAAUUCAUGCAUAACCCCUGUAUUUUGGAAGGCUGCGACCACGUGCGCUGACGGGAAGGAAACGGCCCCUAAAGGUGCGGUUAGGAGGGAAGUUUUCAUGGUGGACGGGUCACAAAACACAGACCGUCUCUGGAGCUGUGUGAGCUUGACGUCAUCAUAAGGUUUGACUCCUUAUAGCUGAGAGGUUAGACGAAAACUCCUCCAGCUCCAGCUGAAGCUGGAAUGCAGAGCAUCAGCUAUGUCCGGUGUGUGAGGAGACUGUGGGGUCCAGCACAAGCAUCCCGGCUUCUUAAAGUCACAAACCUGCACAGAUCUGUACGUCAACUGCAACACAAAAAGGUAAUGGAGGACAACAAGCCAUGGGCUCUGAUCUCAGAGGUGGGAGAACAAGGUUACCUUGAAGAGUUCGUUGACAUAAUAAAACAGCGCUUUCAAAUCAUCUGCCUCAAAGACUUCCUUCAAAACCCUCAGCUGCACGGCCCUAAAAUCCAGGCCAUGCUUGUGUGGGCUGCCUGCCCUGCAGCCGAGCCAUCGCUGCUCAGUUUGCUUCCCUCGCUAAAGGUGGUUGCCAACGGAGGAGUGGGCAUCGACCACCUGGAUGUGCCGUACAUCAGCAGUCUGGGAGUGAAGGUGACCAACACGCCUGGUGUGGUGAGCGAUGCCACUGCAGAUAUGGCGAUGGGUCUGCUUCUGGCAUCGGCACGCAAGAUCGUUGAAGGUCACCAAAUAGCUGUUAACCCCAAUAGCACCCACAUGUCACUAGACCUGAUGGGAGAUGAAGUCACAGGGUCGACGAUGGGGAUCAUUGGAAUGGGAGAUAUUGGCUGCAAAAUUGCAAAAAGAGGCAACGGAUUUGACAUGAAGAUCCUGUAUCACAACAGGAACAGGAGGAGCGUUGAAGAUGAGCAGGCGGUGGGUGCCAGUUACUGUGAGAACAUGGACGACCUGCUGAAAGAGUCGGACUUUGUCGUGCUGGCUGUCAACCUCACCCCUGAAACCACAGGACUGAUUAGCCACAGAGAGCUGGCCCUCAUGAAACCCACAGCAACACUGGUCAACAUCAGCAGAGGUCUGGUUGUGGACCAGGAUGCUUUAGUCAAAGCUCUGCAGUCGGGAACAAUCCGUGCGGCGGCAUUAGACGUGACUUACCCUGAACCUUUACCGAGGGAUCAUCCUCUCCUUGGCCUUCCUAACGUGGUGAUCACACCCCACUAUGGCACCAACACCUACACUACAACAAGAAAGAUGGUGCAGAGGAUGGUAGAAAACGCCAUGGCUGCAGUGAACGGCCAGUCUGUUCCUAAUGAAGUCAAACCAAAAUGACUUCACUGAUGGUGCUUCAUCUGUCUGCAGUUAGGAGUGUUUUCCUGCUCUAAGAUGAUGUACAUAAAGUUAACCUGUUAGGUUGUUUGAUAAACAUGAUAAUUAUUGUUACAUCAGGAUAACUAAUGCACCAAAUGCAUUUCAUUGUGCAACUCUGUCUUGUAGAAUGAGUGUUGAGUUUGUAAAUAAAUUUUCACUUUUACACUUC